AUGGACCAUCCCGGAGCGACCAUUUCCCUGGCCUCAAUCACCAAUCCCAGGGCCAGAUCGAGGUCCCGCGACGGCCGCUUCAUCGACGAGCCCAAGCCACAGCGGCCUGCGUACGGCGACUCCCGCGAGUCCAGCUAUGUGUAUGCUGACGAUGAGCUGGAUCGCAGAUCUGCCCGUGGCUCCGGCGGCCACUUGCCCUACCCAGAGGACGACAAGCUGAUUCACCUGCCUCAAAAGUACAGCCGCACGGAGGACGCCUUGGCUUACGGCCAGUCGCCCAGCCGCGGCCAUCACAGCUCCAAAUCGCACGACUACGGCAGCGACCUUAGGAAGCACUCUGACUCCGACCGCGAGUCCAGAUCGCACCGACGCUCUCACACCUUGACCGUCGAUGUUGAUCCUCGCGAUCGAUCCCGUUCGCGCGACCGAUCACGGUCCAGAGAUGGCCGAAGCGGGCGGGAUAGGUCUCCCCAGCCGCCCACUGGCCGUAUGUCCAGCUUGACGGUCAACACCGGGCCUCGACAGGCAUCUCUUUCGCUCGCAGCCGCGCCGGCAUCCCCGCUGCUGGAAUCGUACCGUGGAACAUAUCAGAAUUGCUCGCCUAUGCCGUCGCCUCUGUUGCUGGCGUCCAGGCACCCGGGCGAUUUGCCAAGAAUCGCGGACACCUUCUCACCGCUCUCUGACGGUGAGGGCGACACCAGGCUCAACAGGCGAGCUCGCUUUCACGAUCCGCAGGACAUUGCCUCUCGUCUUGCCCAGGCCCUCAAGGGCAGCCACAGACCGGAUGUAGCGCCGGUCAUUGAAAUCCUACCCAGCCUGUCGCACGAGCAGGUCAUGGAGCUCCGCGCCGAGUACAAGCAGAUUGUGAAGACCGGCACGGACCGCAAGGGCGUCAACAUUGCCAAGCACAUCCGCGCCCGCUUCAAGGACGAGGAUCCCCUCUUGAUGAAGGCGUGCUAUGCCGUUGCCUUGGGGCAAUGGGAGAGCGAGGCCUACUGGGCCAACUUCUGGUACCAGGGCGACAAGACGCGCCGAGAGCUGCUGAUCGAGUCGCUCAUGGGUCGAACAAACGACGAGAUCCGCCGCAUCAAGGACUCCUUCUCUGACAAGAAGUACGACAACAGCCUGAGCAAGUGCAUGAAGACGGAGCUGAAGGAAGACAAGUUCAAAAAGGCCGUCUUGUUGGUCCUGGAGGAGCGCCGCAUGGAAGAGUACGACUAUGAGGGCCGCAGACUGCCGCUUGACUACAAGCUCAUCGAUCAGGACGUCGAAGACCUGCACAAGGCCGUCAAGUCUGACAAGGGCGGAGAGACGCUGAUGAUUACCAUUGUCGUGUCCCGCAGCGACGCCCACCUGCGCGCCGUCCUCAAGGAAUAUGAACACCAAUACCGCAGCAACUUUGCGCGUGACGCGCUCAAGAAGAGCAACAAUCUUGUGGGCGAACUCCUCGCACACAUCCUCAACGGCGUCAUCAACCGCCCCGUCCGCGACGCCCUCCUCCUGCAACACGCCAUCACCGCCUCCCGCAAGGACUCGCUGCGCCGCGAACUGCUCAUCUCGCGCCUCGUGCGCUUCCACUGGGACUCGUUCCACAUGCAGGACGUCAAGAAGGCCUAUCGCGAGCGCUACGGCCAGGACCUGCAGGACGCCGUGCGCGCCGCCACCAGCGGCGAAUGGGGCAUGUUCUGCCGCGAGCUGUGCAUUGCGCGCAUGCCCAACGAGAUACGGAGGAUGGAUAAUGCUCGAUAG